CACAAUCCCAGUGCCCGGAGAGAGAGGGAGACGUAGUGUUUUCGCCUGACCUUCCUUCCUUCUCUCUCUCUCCCCACACAGACUCCCGCUGGAUCGUAGCUAAUACCCAAACCCUCGCCUCCCCCUUGGAGUCCCGGACCGACGGCGCUGUCUCAGUAUGUCUGAUCAAGCCUUUGUAACACUAGCAACCAAUGACCUAUAUGGGAAAGGUGCCUUGGUACUGGGAACAUCAUUGCGAAACCACAAAACUACAAGAAAACUGGUGGUUCUUGUUAGUCCCCAAGUAUCAAACAAUAUGAGGGCUGUGCUGGAACAAAUCUUUGAUGAAGUUAUCUUAGUGGACGUGCUAGACAGCAAGGAUUCAGCGCAUUUGGCCAUGAUUAAGAGGCCAGAACUCGGUGUGACAUUUACAAAGCUCCACUGCUGGGCUCUCACACAUUAUUCCAAGUGUGUAUUCAUGGAUGCAGACACAUUGGUGUUAUGCAACAUCGACGAACUCUUUGAAAGGGAAGAGUUGUCUGCGGCCCCGGACCCUGGUUGGCCAGAUUGUUUCAAUACAGGAGUAUUUGUUUAUCGUCCUUCCAUUGAAACAUACAAUGAACUUUUACAGUAUUCCACAGAGAAGGGCAGCUUCGAUGGCGGGGACCAGGGUUUAUUGAACAGCUUCUUCAGCAACUGGGCCACAGCAGACAUCAAUAAGCACCUGCCUUUCAUUUACAACCUCAGCAGUGUGGCAAUCUACUCUUACCUUCCUGCUUUCAAACAGUAUGGUGCUGAUUCCAAAGUGGUGCACUUCCUUGGCAAGGUCAAACCUUGGGACUACUCCUACGACCCAACGACAAGAUGCGUGACACGAGAUAGUGACGAUUAUUCCACCAUUAUUCACCCUGGGUUCCUCAACAUUUGGUGGGACAUCUUCACGACAUCAGUCUUGCCACUUCUUACAGAGCACGGUAUCUCAAAGGAGACUAGUUCUGGCACGCAGGAGGAGGAUAAGUUCAGUGAGGCUGUCUCCCAGCUUUCAAUCACCCCGCCUGAUGAAGUGGUCUCCUCAGAUGAACGCAGGAAGAAGUGGGAACAGGGUCAAGCUGAUUACAUGGGAGUAGAUUCCUUCCAGAACAUUCAAAAGAAGCUAGAUGCUUACUUGAACUAACAGCAGGUGACUGAAAUCCCCACGUGGUUACCAGCGAGGACGGAAUACAGAAGGUCUACAGCAUCUAGGUUGGAGUUCAGUGCAUGGCUGGUUUGUACCUAACCUGUUAGUGGCAUGGUUUGAAAGGGGUGUUGCUAUCAGGCUGUCUCCUCAGUGAUGAGCGUCUGUAGUGAGAAUGUAACAGAGAGACCAGUGAACAUCAUCUUUCAGAAACCUGAAGUAAAUCUCUUCCCAGUAUUCAAUACUUUGCACAUUGACAUACUGCCUACUACUGUAAUGUUCCUCCAGAAGGCUUUUUGCUUAACUUAGUAAAACAGACUUAAUUAAACUUUUGAACUGUGUUAUAGACACUGGGUUUAACAGUAUUUUACACAUGUUUUAAGUAGCUUCACAUGCAUGAAAGCCAAUAAACUACUGCCUCCCCCGAACACCAGCACCCAUGCUUUACAAAGGAAAUAUUGUACCCCUUUUUCCCAUUGUGAGAAAAAAAAGUAAUUUCUAUCUUUGAUGGUAAAAGAUAAAACCUAGGGAUUGAAUUUCUGCAAACUGUACAUAACCAGUACCUUAAAACAAUGGUACAUAGAAUUGAAGACUUUUUCAACCUGUUCUGGUAUUCGUGUUGUGAUUAACCUGCUGACCAUCAAUUUCUAUGUGCCUCAUAGCACUUUACCCAUGAAAUAAACUUAUUGGUUUGAAA